AUGGCCGACAAUACUCUCGAAAAACGUAGCUGGUGGGACAAUAAAUUAAAACGUAGCGAAUUAAGUUUAAAUAGUAUACCAGAAGAACGAAACCAAGCUAAUGAGCCACUAGACCCUCCUAAUGGUAAAGAUCCAAAAAAUCCAGAGAAAGAUCUUCCGGAUACGGAUCAUGACCAUGGGAAAGAAAAUAUAAAUCAUCUUUAUGUUGGUAUUGCUUUAAUAACAGGAUUCGCGAUAAUGUUUGUGAUUGAUCAAAUAGAUACCUCACAUGGUCAUUCUCAUACCCGUGUUAGUGUUGUUAGCCUAACAGAGCUUCGUUCGUUAUCAAAUGGUAAUGAGCGAGACGAUGAUUCACAUGAGAUAUUGGGAUCUUCAACUAUACACAAGAAACCCGUAUCUGCUACGAUUGGUCUUGUAAUACAUGCCGCUGCUGAUGGAAUUGCCCUGGGCGCAUCUGCAAAAGAACCAACAUUAGAAUUUAUU